GCUCUCUGGCGCGGUGCAUUGUGGACUGGGUUGUUUGGCCCUGUUGGCUCACAUUCAGCAAAAUGGCGACGUCCCUAGGAUCCAACACCUACAAUAGACAGAACUGGGAAGACGCGGAUUUUCCAAUUCUGUGUCAGACAUGUUUAGGAGAAAAUCCUUACAUCCGUAUGACCAAGGAGAAGUAUGGGAAAGAAUGCAAGAUCUGUGCUCGGCCCUUUACUGUAUUCCGGUGGUGUCCAGGAACACGGAUGCGUUUCAAGAAGACAGAGGUCUGUCAGACCUGCAGUAAAAUGAAAAAUGUUUGUCAGACAUGUCUACUGGACCUGGAGUAUGGUUUGCCUAUCCAGGUCCGAGACACUGGGCUUGCUAUCAAAGAUGAGGUUCCUAAGUCAGAUGUGAACAAAGAGUACUACACACAGAAUAUGGAGAGAGAGAUAGCUAAUUCUGAUGGCUCACGGCCGGUGGGCCAGCUAGGAAAGGCCACCAGCUCUAGUGAUAUGUUGCUGAAACUGGCACGUACAACACCAUAUUACAAGAGGAAUCGGCCGCACAUCUGCUCCUUCUGGGUGAAGGGAGAGUGUAAGAGAGGAGAGGAAUGUCCCUACAGGCACGAGAAGCCCACAGAUCCUGAUGACCCCCUGGCUGACCAGAACAUAAAGGACCGUUACUAUGGCAUCAAUGAUCCAGUGGCUGACAAGCUGCUGAAGCGAGCUUCAACUAUGCCCCGACUGGACCCACCAGAGGACAAGACCAUCACCACCCUCUACAUAGGGGGUUUGGGAGAUACUGUCACGGAUGGAGAUCUCAAGAGUCACUUUUACCAGUUUGGUGAGAUUCGCACCAUUACCAUAGUCCAGAGGCAGCAGUGUGCCUUCAUCCAGUUUGCCACACGGCAGUCAGCUGAAAUGGCUGCUGAGAAGUCCUUCAAUAAACUGAUCAUUAAUGGAAGGAGGCUCACUGUCAAGUGGGGAAGGUCUCAGGCAGCAAGAGGAAAGGAGGGCGUCAAAGAUGGUGUCAGUGAGAUGGGUACCAGACUUGAUCCUGUACCUGGACUGCCUGGAGCUCUUCCUCCACCACCAGCUUUAGAUGAAGAGGCUCCUGCAAACUACUUUAACCUGGAUCCUAGCACCUCUCCUGCUGUCAUGAACAUCGCUCUGCCCCCGCCCCCAGGCAUUAACCCACCUCCACCAGGUUUCGGCCCUCCAAUGUUUCACCCCAUGGGUCCCAUGGCUCCACCUAUGCCCCCUCCAAUGAGCAUGAGACCUCCUGGUCAAAUCCACUACCCCUCCCAGGAUCCCCAGCGCAUGGGUGCCCAUGCUGCACAUGGCUCACGCCAUGGUGAUUAGCUGCUAUAGGGAAAUAAUACUGUGAUUUGGUGUCAUUCUUUUCCUCAAGUCAGACCUGGUCAGGUGCUUUCACUUCAGAUGCUGUCAGUGGGCCUGAAACCUGCAGACUACUUCUGGGAGAAAUAACACUGCAUAGAAAAAAAGACAGUUAUUGCUUAGACGAUAAGAUUUGAUUUAUUAUUCCACCUGCAGUGCAAAUGAAUGAACUGAAGGAGCGCCAUCUGUGUCUGGAGAGACAACAACCAGGAUCUCACCAGAUGACUUUGUCACUACUCGCAGUUAAAAAGUACCAGAACAGCAUCUAAACAGUGGAACUUAACAAAGUAGAAGACUUCAGACACAAAGAGUACUGACCAGGAUCAGGGUCAUUUGGUUUUAAAGGGCUCCUGUGGUCAGAGCCAUUGUACAUAUAAAAAUGUAUACUUUACGUUCAACCUGUAUUUGUAACAUCGUGCAAAGUAUCACAUGGAGUUGAAUUCUGAGCAGCAUUUUUAAACCUAUUAAUUUUGACUUUUUUUUUUUUUUAAUUUGCCACAAUCUUAAAAUUCCACAACAUAAAGACUUAGUUAUUGUAAGGUUUCUUUGUAUGUUGUUUUCACUUGUCAUUAAAAUGACUAAAUUUUGUCAUUGAU